AUGAGUUGGAACCUGUUGGAGCGCUUUAUCGAGUCGGAUCAUUUCAACGAGGAUCCCUCGCUCAGCGUCGCCUAUCUGUCUCGAUAUGCCGACCACGUCGGAAUCCACUACGUGCUCUGCUCGAAGCUGCGCCAAUUCUCCUACGACGAGAUCGAGUUCUUCCUGCCGCAAUUAUGCCAUCUGCUCAUCUCCGUCGACAAUGAGUCGAUGGCCCUGGAGGAAUUCAUCAUAGAUCUGUGCGAGGAAUCGGUCAAUGCUGCCCUACUUACCUUCUGGCUGUUCCAGACCUACCUCCACGACCUCGCCGGCAAUCCGCAAUCGAACGCUUUCAAGACAUGCCGCCGUCUGUACAACAAGGUCCAGCGCAUCGUUUUCGGCGCCUCCGAGCCCGCCAACCGCGAGCGCAUAAGGGGCAAUGUGCUUCCCGUCACCGUUCUCUCGAGUCUCAUCCUUGCCAGCUUCGCGACCCCAUUCCUUCCCCGCCAUGCUGGUCCAUUGGCCGUCGCCCAGGCUCGGAAACCUCGAGUGUCGACCGAAACCAUAUCAGACGCUUCACAAACCCAGCCCCAGAAGAUGGCGCGUAGCAACACCGUGGCAGGCGCUUCGCCCCGCCCACGGAAGCCAAGACCGCAGUCAGGCGCCCAGGACCCCAAUGAGCCCGAGUCCCCUGUAUCGCCAAAGCGGCAUUCAAUGCUGCCCUCGCUAGAGAUCCAGACGGGUCCUUCCAAGCAAAGUCCGAAGACAACGAGGGCUGCAUCAGCUGUUCAGCGUCCAUCCCUUCUCACCGUCGCGUCGAAAGAAGCGCGGCUGAGUUCUUCGUCUCUGCCUGAUUUUCGAAGUUCCAAUGCCUCCCCGAUCCCGACUCCUCCAGCAACGGCUGGGCUCACGCCGCGUUCGACUGAGCUUGCGCCGCGCCGCGAACCGCGUCCGCCUCGUCCGCUCAGUCCGAGCGCCCUUUCUCGAUCGCAGAAGAUCCGGAUUCUACGCUCAAACUAUUUCCGGAGUCAGACGCAGUUCUUGAGCGCACUGGAGGAUAUUUCGAACAGACUGGUCAUUGUCCCCAAGCCUGCACGCCUCAGUGCGCUGCGCGCCGAGUUGGCGCUAAUAGCUCAAGACCUUCCAGCCGAGGUUGAUAUCCCCGUGAUUUGCCCACCGACUCUGAAAGAUGGAGCUGCAGCCCACAGUCAGCACCAUAGGAUCGUCCGUCUCAACCCCGCUGAAGCCACCAGUCUGAAUAGCGCAGAGCGUGUUCCAUAUCUCCUAAUGGUCGAAGUGCUUCGGGAAGACUUCGACUUUGACCCCGACACGGAAACCAAUCAAACAUUGCUCACCCGGUUGCUUGCUGAGAAGGGAAUUAACAAGCGCCGCUUGUUUGAUCUAUCGGAUUCUUCACGACAGGCGAUUAUCCCCGACAAACCACCGGACCCCGGCGUUGACAGCGUGUUCGAACCUACUGAUGGCGAUCUUGGAAGCAAGGAUCUCCUGAUCAAGGACCCCGCCGAGGAGGAGCUCGCCAACGGGAUGGCAAAGACGGCGCUGGCGGGCAACGGAUACAGCAGUGUCAGAAUUAACCCUGCGCGAUCGUCAAGCGGUGCUCACACCAUGUCCUCGGUUGGCACAGCGUCAACGCCCCGAUCCUCCGACAUGGAAACAAGCAGGACUAGCAGCCCCGUGCCGCGCAAAAUGACCUUGCCAAUGGCCAAUCGGGCGCAGGGGCCGGACCAGCCAGAUUUCUCUGCCCUAGCUACCCACAUGCGCACUGCGGCGCAGAUGCUUGCGCAGCUGGAGGCUAGUGGGUCGAAACGGCCGAAAACGGAAGUCGCCUCGAUCAAGUCGAAAAUCAUUGCGAGCAUGCAAAGCCUAGAGGAACAAAGCUUCUACGUGGAUGAGACACCCACGUUUGACAGCAUCAUGGCUGAGCCCAAGCAGCAACCAUUGACAGCCGAACCGGAGGACCUCGAGGACGCAGCUGUGGACCCGAAUGCGAGCAACAGUGCUGGCGCGGCGCGGAUGGAGAAUGACUCCAAGACGGGAGGCAUCCAGCGCAAGGGCGAUCGCGACGACCCGAGUGCAGCUACGUUUGGCGAGGAAUGGACGGCCAAGAAGGAGCGCAUUAGGCGGUCUUCGCCCUACGGAUGGAUGAAGAACUGGGAUCUCAUCAGCGUGAUCGUCAAAACCGGCGCUGACCUUCGCCAAGAAGCGUUUGCCUGCCAGCUUAUUCAGGUGUGCAGCAAGAUUUGGCAAGAUGCUGAAGUGCCCGUGUGGGUGAAACGCAUGCGCAUCUUGGUGACGGGCGAGUCGUCUGGACUUAUUGAGACAAUUACCAAUGGCGUCUCACUGCAUUCUCUCAAACGCAGCCUGACCCUUGCUAGCAUCGCUGCAGGCACCAACCCCCGCAAGCGCAUUGCCACGCUACGGGACCAUUUCUUACGGACUUUUGGCGAACCAGACAGCGAGACUCAGGUUGCAGCGGUUGAUGCUUUUGCUCGCUCACUUGCAGCGUACAGCAUCAUAUGCUAUGUGCUGCAGCUCAAGGACAGGCAUAAUGGCAAUCUGCUGAUUGACAAUCAAGGCCACAUCAUCCACAUAGAUUUCGGCUUUAUGCUGUCGAACAGUCCCGGUAGCAUGGGUUUUGAGGCUGCGCCGUUCAAGCUGACUCAGGAGUACGUGGACGUGCUUGGUGGCGUGGGAAGCCCCGGCUUUAACCUCUUCAAGAGCCUGUGCAAGCAAGCGUUCCAGGCGCUUCGGAAGGAUGCCGAGAGGAUUGUGAUGCUGGUGGAGAUGAUGGGCAAGGCGAGCCAAAUGCCCUGCUUUGCCGCCGGCGUGCAGCAAGCUGUUGCAGCCCUGCGGUCAAGGUUCAUGCUACAGCUGAGCAAAGAGGAAGCGGAGUUGUUUGUGGAUGAUCUUAUUGGGAAGAGCAUUGGAAGCUACUACACGAGGCUAUAUGACACUUUCCAGUACCGUACGCAAGGCAUUUACUGA